CCGUGACUCACUCUCUUCAUCUGUCACUCACUCGUGCCAUUACCCUCUCGCAGCCAACUACCCAUCAUGAUGCCACUGCGGGGACGCCCCCUCCGCGCACAGUGGCAGGCGCUGCAGCGGGCCGUGCACACCAAAGUGCCGGGGGCGCCAGACCCGGCCCCUUCCAAAGCGCCACUUGCGGGCGACGAGCCACUAGGCGGCGGCGACUCACUCACCGGCUCGGCCAAGCUGUUUGCAGAUGCCCUCGCCGAGGAGCGUGUCGAGGCCACUGCAGCUGAGAAGAACGCCCGUGCGCAUCUAGUGAACGCCCAGGGGCCUAUCUGGACUGGCGACGAGGCCCAGAGCGACGCCGUCCUCCGCAUGCUCGUCGACAAGUACAAGCCGCUUCGGACCGGCGAGGGGAUCAAGGACAAUGCGGCGGAGAAGCGUAUUCACAACUGGAUGAGGAACCUUGAGAUGGCGCCGCCGAGCGCAACGACGUCCACCGCCACGCCCAUCAUCUCCUCCUCGUCGGAGGAAAGUCCACACAGGCCCAAGCUGCCUCCCCACCUUUUCAAACCGUGGCAUGCGACUUAUACCGGUGACAAUGAAGUUAUGGAGAGCCCCAAGGUCAAGUGGGGUCAGUUUGACCAGCGCGCAGCCAGCGCCGACUUUAGCAACCUUCUCGAGCUGCGGCUGCCGCCGAAUGCCGACGGUACCGUGCGGAAAGCACACCGCGACUUCCGGCGCGCCACCAAACUCCAGGGCCGAUUGGGCAGUGCGCGCGAGGGUGCCAUCGACUACCGCCUCGGCAUUUCCGACGGAGCCGUGACUCACGUCGGCGCGGAGGAGGAGGAGAUGGAGGGCUUCAGUGGCAACCGCCAGAUUCGCGGCGAGAGUGUCCUCGGUGCUCAGCGCGGGAGCGCGAGUGGUAUGCGGGCUUGGGCUGGACUUGUGGAGGACCGCAUUGCGACCGCCCAGUCCAAGGGCUUCUUCAAGAACCUCAAGGGAACUGGCAAGCCGAUUGAGCGGGACCCAUCCGAGAUGAACCCCCUGUUGGGCCUCAGCGAAGUGUACAUGAACCGGAUCAUCAAGAGACAAGGCGCACUUCCCCCCUGGAUUGAGCUGCAGAACACGCUUAACUCGUCCCAGGCCGCCUUCCGCUCCCUCCUGCUCGAGACCUACACCAAGCACGUGAUGCGGUCCAUCCUCGCUUCCAACCCGAUCGACAUGCUCCCGACCUACGACCAAAUUCCGGGACGAGAUGAGGCUUUCGAGGCCAUGCACCAGAAGUUCCACGCCGAAAGCGUGCGGCAGCUCAACGACACGCUCGGCAAGAUGAAUGCGCAGGCGCCAAUGCCCAGCCGGCGCGGUCUCAUCCAGCUUGAGCACGAGCUUGAUCGCGUGCGCGGGGACGUUUUGAGACAAAACGUGUGGAAGGAACUUCAGAAGCGCGUGCAGGAGAUCAAGGAACUUGAGGAGAAGGGUGCCGCGACGCGCCGCCUGCCCUUCCUCCAGACUCUCGAGAAUGGCGCGCUUGCCCGUCUCGGGCAGCGCAUGGGCGCCAUGGUAUCUGGCGAUAAUGGCUCCGGCCAACAGUCUAGCGGCGGCGGCACUCUGUCCGGUAAUGGCCAUCCGGAGGCAGGCGGCGGCAAGGGACUUGUCAUCCUCGCUGGCCUCACCGUCGCCGUCGUGGUCUACUUCAAGAAGCCGACUUUGACAGAGAGCCCGAUCUCGCACGAGGACCUGAUCCCCGUCCACGAGAAGAAAGAGGAGAAGCAAGAAGGCCCCUUCAUGGCUCUCUCGCCAUCCGAGCCUUCCGUGGGUGUACUCGAGAUGCUGCGCGAGUACAUCCUCGAGCCAUUCUUAACAUUUGUACGCUUCAUUCACCUCGCACUCCUCUUCGGCCCUGUCAUCCUCACCGCGCCAAUGCUGUACAUCGGUGCGCCGCCGCGCCGUAAGCCCGGCAAGCCGAUCGCUCCAGGUGAGGACAACUGGGGCGCGGUGUGGUGGUACGGCUUCCUCGUCAAGCAGAUGGAGCGCGCUGGCCCUUCAUUCAUCAAGCUCGGCCAAUGGGCUGCCUCGCGCACCGAUCUGUUCCCCGACGCGCUCUGUGUGAAGAUGAGUAAGCUGCACAGCUCCAACAACCCCCACCCCUUCCGGUACACGAAGAAGGUGCUGCAGCGUGCUUUUGGGCUGCCGUUUGAGGCGAUCUUCGAACACUUCGAGGACACGCCGAUCGGCUGUGGCGCCAUUGCACAGGUGUAUCGCGCGCAACUGCGGCCGGAGAUCCUCAAACAGAGCAGUGCUGAGGCUGCUGCGCUGGCCAAGGAACUGGAGGACGACCCAGACCGUCAAAUCGUGACCAGCGUCGCAAUCAAGGUUCUGCACCCGAGAGUAGAGAAGCUCGUGCGUCGCGACAUCCGCAUCAUGUCCAUCUUUGCCAACCUCAUCAACGCACUGCCUGAGAUGGAGUGGCUCUCGCUCCCGGACGAAGUGGCUGCGUUCGGCGACAUGAUGAACCAGCAGCUGGACCUGCGCGUUGAGGCUGCCAACCUGGAUCGCUUCCGACACAACUUUGCGCACCGCCCACGGACCGUAUCGUUCCCCCGCCCAAUCCGGUUGGGGCCUGACCAUGUCGCGGCUAACAAGGAGGUGCUGGUUGAGGAGUACGAGGAUGCGCUUCCGCUCAAGUACUUCUUGCGGAAUGGAGGCGGGCCUUUCGACGAGAAGAUUGCAAACCUUGGCCUCGACGCGUUUUUGGAAAUGCUCCUGUUAGACAACUGGACUCACGGUGAUUUGCACCCCGGCAAUAUUCUGGUGCGCAUGGUGCGGCCCGAGACAUAUCACAUCAUCGGGCCACUCAUCCACCGCCUCAAGGGGGAUAAGCCCCCGCCCGAGCCUAGUAUUCCCACCGAGAGCAAGCGGGAGACUGCUAUCGUACACGAGCUUCGCGCGCUCUCAGGUGACCAGGACGCGUGGCUUGAGCGCCUCGAGGAGCUGUACGACGCCGGUCUGGUCCCACAGCUUGUGUUCAUCGACGCGGGACUCGUGACAAGUCUGGACGCGACGAACCGUCGCAACUUUCUAGACCUAUUCCAGGCCGUCGCCGAGUUUGAUGGCUACCGCGCCGGCAAGCUCAUGGUAGAACGGUGUCGAAGACCAGACUUGGCGAUUGAUGAGGAGACAUUCGCGCUCAAGAUCCAGCACCUCGUGCUGUCGGUGAAGAGCAAGACGUUCAGCCUGGCCAAGAUCAAGAUCAGCGACAUCUUGAACGAUGUGCUUCUGGCGGUGCGGCAGCACCACGUAAAGCUCGAGGGCGACUUUGUGAACACGGUCAUUAGCAUUCUGCUGCUCGAAGGUAUUGGGCGGCAGCUCGACCCCAACAUGGACCUGUUUAAGAGCGCGCUGCCGAUCCUGCGCCAACUUGGGCGGCAGAUGGGCACGCGGGACGCGAUGGCGCACGUCAAUACCGGCAACCUCCUCGCCAUGGCCAAGCUGUGGAUCUGGGCCGAGGCGCGUGGCGCCGCUGGCGAGGCGAGCCAGAUCGAUAAAUGGGUUCAGUUCGACUGGCUUUCGCCCGCUAUCUAGGGCAUAGAUGUAGUAAUAGAUUGUAGCAGAGCAAUGUUAGAAUGGAUCUCGG